AUGCCUUAUGGAGUUGUGUUGCUGCUCAGGAUGUGUGGAACCAAAGCUUCAGAAAAGGUCCAGAAAAUGACUUGCCAUAGUGACCUGUUCUUUGAUAUUUGGUCCACUCUAGUAGAGAGCCUCGAUGAUGCUGAAUUAGAGGAGACUGCAGUUACACUGAAAAGAAUCUGGACCAGAAGGAAUGAUUUCUGCCAUGGUAAAGUUUUCACUCAUCCAACAAGAAUAUACCAGCAGGCCAUAGAAGAGUUAUCUAAUUUCAAAGAAACCACUACAACAUUUAAGGGAACAAAGAGACAGGUUGGUACAGCAGUGCAUAAGUGGUCUAAACCAAGUCAGAAUAACUUCAAACUCAAUUGGGAUGCAGCUGUUAAAGCAAAAGAGAGGAGAAUUGGGAUAGGAGUGAUAGUCAGAGACUACCAAGGCCAAGUUAUUGGUACUGUAAGAGCUCAAAGACCUUUAAGAGGGACUCCUUUCGAUGCUGAAGCAUAUGGAUUAUUAACUACAGUUGUGUUUUGUAAAGAGCUAGGACUGCAACAGAUUUGUUUAGAGGGUGAUGCUAAAUAUGUGGUGGAUGUGCUACAAAGUAAAGCGUUGAACUGGAGAUUAGGGGGAUGCCUUAUUGAAGAUGCAAGAAGGGUGUUGAAUUCUAGUGUCGACUGGACAGCAACUCACAUCCUAGAGAGGCAAACAUGGUAG